UCCACUUUUCCUUGGGUUCUAGGGUUGCACGAUUGGAGCGCAAACGAAGCUGCCGAUCUCCUUGUUUGUGAGUCUUCUUGGAAGAGUUUCGGGCGAUCUCGAAAGAAAUGCCGUCCAUCCAGUACUCGGAGAAGUACUUCGACGACGUCUACGAGUAUCGGCAUGUCGUGCUGCCACCUGAUGUUGCCAAGGCUCUUCCAAAGAACAAGCUUCUCACAGAGAACGAAUGGAGGACAAUUGGAGUGCAGCAGUCUAGAGGCUGGGUUCACUACGCGAUUCACAGACCGGAGCCGCACAUCAUGCUCUUUAGAAGGCCUCUAAAUUACCAGCAGCAAAAUCAGCAGCAGCCAUCACAGAUCCAAACGCAGCAGCAGCCGCAGCAGUAGCAGCACAAGAAUAUAUACACCCACAGGUUUGGAAUUUAUUUAAGCUAUUUGUAUUGUAGUGUAGCUGGCUUGUUUUAGUCCUUCUCUUCCUCGGAGAUUUGCCUCCUGAGGAGAAAAACUAGAAAGAAAAUCCAAGACUUGUGAAAGCGAUAUGGUAUCAACUACAGCUCAUUCAUGUU